CGGUGCCGCCCGCAGAAGGGAGCCGAGAGCCCCCACCUGCCGCGCUCCCCGCCCCUCAAGAUGCUCGUGCUCCUGCCCCUCCUCUCCCCGCCCGCUCCGCAGGCGACAGCUGCCUGUCGUCCGCCGCGCGCCAGCUGAGAGGGGACAGCUCGCACGGCCAGCGCAGGAUGUCGAACGGCAGCGCGGACGCCACCGAAUCGCAGAUCGCGAUGAACAUGAAGGGCGAUGGCGCGACGACGCCGCUGCCCUUGAGGAUCAAGCAGAUGAGGCAGAACAGCGGGCUCGAGGGCGGCUCGGGUCGCUCCCGGGGGGAGCGCCCCGACAACACGUCGCCCUCGAAGUCGAUGGUCCACUUCCACCUGAAGAUGGAGCACGGGUCGAGGGUGAGGAGGACUAUGUAUGCCUUAUUCUCCAGCUGGAUUGAUUGGUGGAUGAACCUGGUGGAGCCCGAGCGCAACAGCUGGCUCUACCGUAGGGUGAGCGGUACCUUUUUCAGCACCGUCUGUGCCCUGGUAAUUCUCAUGAACGGCGUGGUGGUUGCCUGGGCGGCGAACGACGAAAUCAAAGAGCCUCGGGC